AUGGGCGCCUCCGCCUUUGUGGCCCCCGCCCCCAAGUUCAGCCGCACCCGCGGUGUUGCCCGCAUGUCCUUCGAGGACGAGGCCGGCGUGACCGCCCCCCUGGGCUACUGGGACCCGCUUGGCUUCUCCGCCGAUGGUGAUGUCGAGAAAUUCAACCGUUACCGCGCCAUCGAGAUCAAGCACGGCCGAGAACUGUCCCUGCUGAUCUCGAGAGGAUACCUGAAGUAG